UGCUCUGCUGCCAUUGGCCGGCGGCUCCCGGGCUCGGGAUAUAAGCCAGCGCCGAGCAUUGAGCACAACCGUGUGGACCAGCCCUGCAGCUGGGCCCGGCGCGGAGUCAGCCUCGCCGUCCCACCAUGGAGAACGGAUUCACAUAUGAAGAUUAUCAAAACACUGCAGAGUGGCUUCUGUCUCGAACUGAGCACCGACCUCAAGUGGCAGUGAUCUGCGGUUCUGGGUUAGGAGGGCUGACUGAUAAAUUAACUGAGGCCCAGACCUUUGACUACAGUGAGAUACCCAACUUUCCCCAAAGCACAGUACAAGGUCAUGCUGGUCGACUGGUGUUUGGGAUCCUGAAUGGCAGAGCUUGUGUGAUGAUGCAGGGCAGGUUCCACAUGUAUGAAGGAUACCCACUGUGGAAGGUGACAUUUCCAGUGAGGGUUUUCCGACUUCUGGGUGUGGACACUUUGGUGGUCACCAAUGCAGCUGGAGGGCUCAACCCCGAUUUUGAAGUUGGAGAUAUCAUGCUGAUCCGUGAUCACAUCAACCUACCUGGUUUCUGUGGUCAAAACCCUCUCCAAGGCCCCAAUGAUGAAAGGUUUGGAGUUCGCUUCCCUGCCAUGUCUGAUGCUUAUGACCGGAGUAUGAGGCAGAAGGCUUUCAGUGCCUGGAGACAGAUGGGGCAGCAGCGAGAGCUACAGGAAGGCACCUACGUGAUGUUGGCCGGCCCCAGCUUUGAGACUGUGGCAGAGUGUCGUCUGCUGAAGGAGUUGGGGGCAGAUGCUGUUGGUAUGAGCACAGUACCAGAGGUUAUAGUUGCACGACACUGUGGACUUCGUGUCUUUGGCUUCUCGCUCAUCACUAACAAGGUCAUCAUGGAUUAUGAAAACUUGGAAAAGGCCAAUCACAAGGAAGUCCUAGAGGCUGGGAAACAAGCUGCAAAGAAAUUGGAAGAGUUUGUCUUCAUUCUUAUGGACAGUAUUCCACUCUCUGACCCUGCCAGUUAAUCUGCUUUGGAGUGGUCUAUUGCUUCCCUGAUGGGAUCCAAAUAGCUAUCUAUUCUGGCCCCUUAUUGCCGCCCUUAUGUAGAAGCAGAAAGAAGUGAGGAAGAUCCCUGUCCGUUCACUUACCCGUGUUCUCCCACCAGACCAUCUUGAUAGCCGGUCCUCUUGUUCAGUUGCCUUCUAAGAGCAGUUUGUUUCAACACCUGUUCUGUAAGAGCUAGAGCACAUGCCUUGCCACAUUUGGGAUAUGAACACCCUGUAACUUAACGUGCACCAUCAAGUAGUAACUACUAGAUUUGUGAAAUGAUCACUCGUAUUCCUGUGGGCUCAGUCUGGACCAUCUAAAGUGCUAGAGACCAAAGACCAACCCAAUACCUCUUGGACUUUAUUUAAUACCAUAAUGUUUUGAAAAUAAAAAGAUAAAACAG